CCGUCAAGCAAAUGGGGUCGGUGACGGAGUUCUUGUCUUCCUAGGAGUUCUUUGAUGUAUCAAUACCCAGCACACGUCUGAAUCGAGCCGCUGUUCUCAGUGGCAAGACCUUUCACGGAUACGGUCACGAGACCCAAAACAAAUACACCUGGGCAAUCAAAUGCCCAGGUGGGAAGUAAUUAAUAGCUGGCGGCGAAUCAGGGCAGCCAUCAACGCCGUCAACGCUCCAAAUUUAAGAAGAAACUUCAACACAGCGGACGACCAUUGUUGGUACUCGAGUUGGGAACCUCAAAACCCUGCAGGUGUCCUUCAAACUUUCAUCAAAUUUCGAGGCUUACUGGGGCGCGGUGUGUUGAGGGUCGGCAUUGUUGGCGGAGUGAAGGAGCCCGUGGGCCCGUGCGCAACCACCACCAGCCACACUUUACGCGAGAAAGGAAAGCGCGUCUCGACGCGCGCAGACUCGUCUGUCAUUGGCCUCGGACUUCUACAAAACCUUCCCUCGUUCCUGAUCUUCAAUCAACAAAAUCUCUUUAGACUGUAUCUUCGACUGCACUGCACACUCUCUCAAGCCGCGCUUCAAACUAUCUCGAGCAUCUUGGAUUGGAUCCUUCCUUACAAAGCGAGCUCAAUCAUCAACAUGUCGCUUUCAGUCAGCAGGAAACGCAGAGCGUCGGGAUGCUGCAUGUCCGACACGGUACACACAUACACCAAGAGAUCAAGGCCUACAUUGACAGCCGCUUUAAACUCUUGCGACGAUAGUUCUCGAGACCGCCACAUCAACAGACACAACACUGUCCCGUCAGUCUGGCCAAAUGCCGGAACGUAUAGUCCACAGCAAGUUUCCGAAAGGACGUUCUCAAUGUUGUCAGAACGCGAUGUGCAAAAAUCCCGACUUGCGGGCAGGGAAUUCAGUCAAAUCGUCAACGCGUCUACAGCUCUACGGGAGACAGUCGAGAGGUAUAGAACUCCACGUGGUUCAGGCUUUAUGACGCCAGAUAGCCAAUCGUCCCCGACAACUCGAUUCUUGUCCAUAUCGCCAAACGGUCGUAGUGGCACAUUGGACUUUCAACACAUUGCACAUGCGGGUUCAUGGCGCAAUUUAUCGCCCUUUCAGAAGCCUGCGUGCGAGGUCGUUUUGAAGAUCCCCGGCCGUUUCUCAGGACAUCCAAUCUUGAAAGCACCAUCUGGAGCAAUGGGUAUCAGUCUGGGCAUGAUUGCGGAUGCGUUUGCCGCUCAUGGAACGAGCGAUUUUUGGCAAGGUCGCAAGGCAGAAUUCUUUGCAUUGAGAGAUGCAGCAAUGCCGCCUCGCGUCGUGCUUCCGCGAGCACAUUUUGACGCGAAUCAGCAAAGCCUGGGUUCAUACGAUCAGGACGCCAUGGACUUCGAACCUUGCAGAGCCAUCCCUGACUUUGACCCUAGUCGUCAACAUCCGCCAGAAACGAUGUGCUUCAAUUGAGCAGUCUGAAGUCGUGUGUAUCAUUUAAAUAGAAAUUCGACUUGGUACAAUGUAAAAUAAAUGAACCGAUUAGGAAACGUCAAUCAGAGCGUGGAAGAAUUUGCUGGUCGUGAAUGC